GCACGUCCCUCCCUCCAGCCAUGCCCCGCCUGCCCGCCUCUCCCACAUCCAACGCCGCCUCCGCGCCUGAGCAUCGCGACGCCCCUCGCCGCCCCUCGCCGCUCGCCGCCCUCGCGCACACCGCCACGUCACGCGCCACGCCGCGAGCCCGCGAAACCGACGGCCGCAGCUACUGCCGGGGGAGGGAGCCGCUCCGACCUCCGCACCUCGCUCGCCCCGCGCUUCCCGCCACCCGACCACAAGCGCCCAGACCGCGUGCUCCACGCGCACGAUGGCAGCGAAUCUUGGUCGCGGUGCUUUGCUUAUCGGGGAUCGCGCUUGCCCUGAGCCCGCUGGCGAGUGGCGGGCAAUGGCGGCGGGCAUUCUCUCGGCCGCUGCCUCUCCGCAUGCUGGGGCGAGCUACCGACGACGGCAUGCGACGCACUGUUUGGCCCAGCGACGACGACCUGCGACUAUCAAGCGACGGAUUCGCGGAGGGGGAAGCGGGGAGCGGGGGGAAACGGAACUGGGGUUGGCGCGACUGGAAGGGCGCGGGGGAAGGUGAGUUGGGCGGGGGCUUGAGUGAAGCGCGGAGGCGGGAGGCGCUGCAGGGGCAGGGGGGGGGGAGCAGAGGGGCGAAGCUGAGGGCGAGGGCAGCGGGCGAGCAGAGCAGGCGAGGCGGCGGCGAUGCGGGCAUGAGAGGGCGGCAGGCGGAGGAGACAAGGGGCGAGCAGGGCGGGGCGGGGGCAAGCAAGGGGGAAACUGUCAGCCGGGGAGGCAUGGGCAGCCAGGGGGGCCAGCGGUAUGGAGUGCAGGCGGUGCAACGGGAGGCGUGGUGGACGGCGUUCCAGACAGGCGCUGCUGUGAGCACAGAGGGCGUCCCACAAUGCUCCGCGCUGCUACCCGCCGACUUACAGGCGCUCAACCACGCCCCGCUCGCCCCCACAGCUGGCCUGUCAGUGGCGGACCUCACGCUGCCGGACGUGCGGUGGCUGCUCGUGCUGCCGCGCCACGGCGUGGGCAACACGCUGCGCGGCUGGGUGUCCGCCGUAGCGUACGCCGCGCUGGCGGGCCGCACCCUGGUGCGCGCGCACGCUGCGGCACACAGCCGCGUGUUUGACGCGCUCUGCCUCGCCUUCCGCUGCGGCUUCCCGGUGCUCAGAGGACCGCUCUCCCUGGCAGUGGGCACAGAGGGGGAGGCGGGCAGUGGAGGGGCGAGUGAGGGCAGUCGGGAGCGGGAGGCGGAGGAGGUGAUGAAGGGCGUGCAGGCGCUGGACCCCAUGUUCUUCCUCGAGAUCAGCGACUCGCCCACCUCCGUGACGGACACACUCGCCUCGGACUACCCACUGCUGGCCACGCGCUCGGGCACCUUCUUUGACGCCUUCUGGCAGCACUCCCCCCCUCUGCGCGCCUGUGUCUUGGCCGCCUUCUCCUGCGCCUCCCUCCACUGCGUGCGCUCCAAAGCCCUCUUCGCGCUGCUCGGCGGCGGCCCCUCGCCCGCCCUGCUGCUCACUGCCCGUGCCGUGCUGCGCGGCCCGGCAGGUGGUGAGGGGGGGAAAGAGGGGGCGGAUUCUGAGGGAGGAGGGAGGGCAGGUGUUGAAGGGGCAACUUCAGAGCCGCUGCAGAAAGGGAAGACGGAAAGAGGGCAUAAGAGCACGGGUGUGGCGGACCCUGGGAUGUCCAAGGGGCGGCUUCUCCUGAAUGUGGGGCGCAAGGGUGGGGGUGAGGGAGUGGGCGGGGAUGGAGGGCAGGUGGCAGGAGGGGGGGAGCAGCUAGACGUGGCGGUGCGGUUUGACGUGGCGGUGCACGUGCGCACACGCACUCUGGUGCUGGAGAAGGCAGUUAAGGCCGGUAGCACAGACACCCAGUGGCAGGGGUGCACUGAUGCGGGCGCCAGCCCCUCGUCCUCCCCUUUCCUGCAGGACUGCCUGUGGCAGUGCGUGCUCUCCAGCAUUGCUCAACUCACUGCCAACAGCAGCAGCAGCAGCAGCAGCAUACAUGGGGUCGAGCAGUCAGUUCCAUCAGCAUCUUCUCGCCACCUGCUCUCGUCCCCUUCAGCCAGUGGCGGCACAGGGCACGUGGCGUCAGCAGGGCGAGGCAGGAGGGUGUCGGUGUUCCUGGCGACGGACAGUGAGGAGCUGCGGCCGGCCUUGGUGGCGCGCCUGCAGCGCAUGGCGGCAGCGGACGUGUUCUGGUCCGCAGGCGCCGUGCGCCACACGUCCAAGGCAGGGGCGGACGGGCAGGCGGGGGGGGCGGGGCUGCACAGCAUGGCGGACUGGUGGCUGCUGGCACGGGCCUCGGCCGUGCUGCAGGUGGCGCAUGACAGCUCCUUUGCUUACUUCGCUGCUCUCUUUGCCAACAGCACGUUUGCUGCACUCUCCACAACACACGGCCGCUGUCAUCUGCAUUUUGAACAUAUAGCUGAGCCCGUGACAUGAAUAAAGGCUAUUCAAUUAGCUAAAUA